CACUGUGACAGUGCCAUCGUUGUGCACCUUGAAGGAAUCUGUACUUAACUACAUUAAAACUGUUCCAUUAAUAUACAUUAUAUUCCAGAUGUAUUUAAACAAAUAAAACAUAUAGAUAUUAUACGGACGUGCUACCUGUCCCAGACCUAUUAUUUGACCAUGCUGGUCAUUUAUGAACAUUUGAUCAUCUUGGCCAUGUUCUGUUGUAAUCUCCACCUGGCACAGCCAGAAGAGGGCUGGCCACCCCUCAUAGCCUGGUUCCUCUCUAGGUUUCUUCCUAGGUUUUGGCCUUUCUAGGGAGUUUUUCCUAGCCAGCACUUUGAGAUAUCAGCUGAUGUACGAAGGGCUAUAUAAAUACAUUUGAUUAGAUUUGAUUAGAUAUAUGACCAAUGAAAGAGAAGGGAGAGAAAUCUAAAGCAUACCUCAACCAGUACGGUGAAAGGAAGAGAGAGAGAGAUAAAGAGAGCGAUAGAGGGGGGGAGUGGGACACACAGACAGGCAGAGAGGUUAGAGCGAAUUUAACAUCAGAGGUGAUGUCAUUGGUGUCUUUGAUGGUUUGGUUUAAAAGGUUUAUUCAGAGAGUGAUGUCCACAAAAAGCUGUUCCAGCAUUUCUUCUGAGAUGAUGACCUGAACUGACAUCAAGGACUGCGGGAGAAGGACCCAAUAGAAUAAACUCACACUUAAUCCAGGUAACUUUAAGAACUAGUCAUGAUGAUGGAUCGAGCUGUACUGCUCAUUUUCUGCUGUCUAGUGAUGUCUGUAUCAGUUGCCCCACUCUACCCAUCUAUUAGGUUUGGUCAGAGGGACACGUCCAUCCUGAUGACCUCUAUAGAGCAUCCCAUGCAACUGCUGGAAGAAAACAGCACUCCCUUGACGCAAAAAGCCGAACUGCGAUCAGGAAGACAUGCUGAUGCUAUCUUUACCAACAGCUACAGGAAGGUUCUAGGUCAAAUCUCAGCCAGGAAAUUCCUACAGAGCAUCAUGGGAAAACGUCUACAAGAAGAAGGCCGGAGCUAUAAUGUGAAAUGCCAGUCAGACAUUUACGAGGGCACCUACAAACAGGACCUGACAUCUGUUCAGAGAAAACAGAGUUACAGAGGACAGCAAAACAAUUUCAAGAUGCCAAGACUUCUAUGUAGUGAAUGUAAGCGAGGACAAAGUGAAGACAAGAAGUGUUUAUCUCCAACCCUAAUGACCUGAAAAUGUCAAAAUAAAAAAAUUAAGCUAUUUUACUAUCAAAGCUUUGAGUCAAGAAAAUCAAUGUCCCUCAGUUCAUACACUCUGGCAAACAAUUGUACUAAAGGAUAUGUAACCAGUUUUCACAAUAAAGCAAAGAGAUUUGA